AUGGGGCACCCACAGCUGUGGCCCCUGUUGCUGCUGCUGCUGUUAAGCAAUGAGGCUUUAACACGAGAUGCAACCAGAUUUAAACCCUUUAGAAAGUAUAUCUAUCAUUAUGAAACGGAAAUCACAAGUGGUGUGACUGGAACAGCAGAUUCCCACAGCGGCUCAAAAAUUAAGUGCAAGGCUGAGCUGGAAGUUCCACAACUCCAUAAUUUUGUCCUGAAGAUAAACCAGUGUACCCUCGAAGAGGUAUAUGGUAUAGAUGUCCAGGGGAAGGCUCUAUUAAAGAAAUCAAAGAACUCAGAUGAAUUUGCUGCUGCCAUGUCCCAAUAUGAGCUGAAAGUCAAGAUUCAGAAUGAGAAGAAUGUAGAGCUAUAUCCUGUGGAUAGUGAAGCUACACAUAUACUCAACAUCAAAAGAGGCAUCAUCUCUGCUCUUCUUGUGCCAACAGAGAGGGAAGACAAUAUUCAAACAUUAUCCAUGGAUACCGUAUAUGGAAAAUGUGACAGCAGCAUUGAAGUAAAAAAUAGAAAAACCACUGCUAAUUUAGCAGAUAUUGAAAUAACAAGAAAUCUGAAAUCUUGUGAGAACUUCAACCCUAUCAGAGAUUAUGUCAGCCCAAUUGCUUUCAUUAAAGGCUUGAAUGCACCUUUAUCCACCCUGAUAAGCAGCAACCAGCAUUGCCACUACACUGUUGAUACAAAGAAAAAGCACAUAUCUGAAGCCAUUUGCACUGAGAAACACUUGUUCCUGCCCUCCUCAUACAAAAAUCAGUAUGGCAUGAUGGCGAAAGUCAUUCAAACUCUGAAAUAUGAAAGCAUCGCCAACAGCAACACCAGGAGCAUGGAUGUUACUGGCCUGAUAAAGAGAGAACUGUCUUUGGAGAAUGUGGAGGCCAAAAUUCUCAGGCAUGGUGAUGCUGUUCUGAAAAGUCUUCAAGAAUUAAAAAAACUGUCAGUGUCUCAGCAGAACCAUAAAAGAGCCAGCUUGUUCUACAGAUUUGUUACUGGUCUGAGAAGCUUGCAUAACAGCACUCUUGGUCCAAUGGUGCCAAAGUUGAUGGAAACUUCCAGCUCCAUCACAAUACAGGCCCUGAUUCAGUGUGGAACCCCAGAAUGCUUUGGAGCUAUCCUUCAAAUAUUGAGGACUAGCAACAUUGACCCUCUGGUGGCAGAUGCAGUUACAUUCAGCUUGGGACUGCUACCUUCUCCAUGCACUAAAACAAUACGGGAGAUUCUAAACAUGGCUGAGUAUCACCCAAGCCGAGCUUCUUUCUACGCCUUGAGCCAUUCGGUGAAUAGAUUCUACUCCCAGAAAAAAAUAAUUACACCAGAAUUAACAGAUGUUGCAAACUUCGUAACAUCUUUGAUCAGCAAUGAAUGUUCAGGAAAUGAAGACCUCACCUACCUGACCCUGAGGGUCAUUGGCAAUAUGGGAAACAUUUUGGAAAAUGUCAAUCCCAAUGUGAAGCAAUCCCUAAAACUAUGUAUUCGAAGUAAUGCUGCAUCUCUUGACAUCCAGAAAGCAGCUAUUCAGGCACUGAGAAAAAUGGAUCUAAAUGAUGAGGAUCGUGGAAUGCUAAUUAGAGUCUUCCAGGAGGCCUCUUCCCCGGCUGAUAAACGUUUAGCAGCUUAUCUCCUGCUGAUGAAAAACCCUUCUACAUCUGAUCUUUCCAAAAUCAUUAAAGUUUCUUUGAGGGACAAGAAUGAACAAGUCAAAAAUUUUGUAGCUUCCCACAUUGCCAAUAUCUUAGAUACUAUUGAUUUUUCCAAUGAACCAUAUUUACCCAUGCUCAGGAUCAAAAUUCAGGAGGCGCUUAAAGGAAACCAGAUGCCGACAGUCAAAGACUUCCGAAGAUUUUCACAAAAUUAUCAAGUUUCCAAGACGAUGACUGUCCCAUGGUCUCAGGAUCCUUUCACAGCAAAAUUGGAAGGAAACCUGCUGUUCGAUCCAAGCAGCUAUAUAGCUAAGGAAGCCAUGUUGAAAACAACACUAGAAUUAUUUGGGCUGAGACCUCUGGAUGUAUUUGAGAUUGGUCUGGAUGGGAAAAACUUAGAGCCUACUGUUGAAGCAAUGUUUGGACCAGAAGGGUUUUUCCCUGAUGCUGCUACCAAAGCUUUGUACUGGAUUGAUGGCAAAGUACCAGAACAAUUUUCCCAAGCCCUUUUUAAUUAUUUUGGAUAUUCCAAGGAUGCAACACAGGAUCAGGAUAUUAUGAAAGGAAUCAUGCUUAAUUUUGAAAAACUGGUUAAAGAAAUCUCCAACAAGCCAACUCCAGAUGUCAAAGCCUACUUCAGACUCUUCCAAGAAGAAUUGGGCUACUUGAAAUUCAGUGAUAUUAAAUUGUUGGGAAAUGUGAUUCUGAAAAGCUUUAAAACUUUGCAGAGUAUACCUCAGAAAAUUGUCCAGACCAUUUCCCAGGGGACUGAAAAUGAUCUCAUGAUUCACUACAUCUUCAUGGACAAUGAAUUUGAGCUGCCCACAAGUGCAGGACUGCAGCUACAAGUAGCUUUGUCUGGAGUAGCCACCCCUGGAGCAAAGGUUGGAAUGAAAAUUUCACAGAGGAAUAUCCAUGCAGAUUUGAUUGUUAAACCAUCAAUGGCAGUUGAGUUUAUAACUCAUUUAGGAGUGAAUAUCCCCGAGUUUGCUAGAAAUGGUGUACAGAUGAACACCAAUAUAUACCAUGAAUCUGGAAUUGAAGCCAAUGUUGCAUUGAAAGCUGGACACCUUAAAUUCACCAUUCCUGCACCAAAGGCCCCAAUCAAGCUUUUCAGCAUCAGCAAUGUCUUGCAUUUGGUCACCCCAACUCGGAAUGAAGUGAUUCCUCCACUGAUGGAGAAUAGAGUAACACAAAACAAUUGCUCUCCUUUCUUUACUGGCCUUAAAUUCUGCACCAUAAUAGAAUAUUCCAAUGCUAGCUCUACAGUUGCAGCACCUUACUAUCCACUGACGGGAGAAACCCGGUAUGAAAUUGAACUACAACCAACAGGAAGAGUAAAGGAAUACAUUGCAAGUGCUAAUUAUGAACUAAACAAAGAGGGGAAAGACUUGGUAGACACUUUAAAAUUCAUUGCUCAAGCCAAAGGUGUAAAAGAAAGCGAAGCCAAAAUCGUCUUUACAUUCAAUCGAGGCAAAAAAAUUUUUAUCAGUGACUUCCAGGCCCCCGGUUUCAACAUCAAUUUUGGCACCAAUCUUAAAAUUACCGAUUCCUCCAAUCAAGAAAAGAAAGCAGUUGCCUUUAUCUUAGACAUACUCAACGAGAAGAGUCCUGAAAUUACCAUCACAGGAAGGCUAAGUUCUGCUUUUGGGAGAGAAUCAUCCUUGGAAGCGGCAAUCUCUAUUCCCCGCCUGCAGACUCAAGCUAAAACAGAUAUAUCCCUCCGUCGGUCAAGUAAUGCAAUGAUAUUCCAGUUUGACUCCUCAGCUACCUCAUAUGGCUCAUCAGUUUCAGAAAGGAUUGUCUUAAGAUAUGAUACAGAAAAAGUGGAACUUCAGUGGAACUCAGGCACUAGUGCUGCUUUGAAGAGAAUAUGUGCCAAUCUGCCUGGAGACCUGGAAGGUUAUUCAAAGGCUCUGCAGAACAAGGCAAAUGGACUUCUGAAUCACAAAGUAGCUAACACUGAUAUGACACUCCGGCACAUCGUUUCACAUUUUAUUGUGGCAACCAAUACCUGGCUGCAAAAGACAUCCAAAGAUAUUCCAUAUGCCCAGAACUUACAGGACAAAUUAAGUAAACUUCAACAACUUGACUUUCAAAUCGUAGAUGUAAUCACCAUUCCCGAAGAGCUUUUCUUUAAAAGUGAUGGCAAGAUUAAAUACGUUUGGAAUAAGGAAAGUACUUUCAUUACUAUCCCCAUGCCAUUCGGUGGACAAUCAUCACAAGUCAUAAGCAUACCCAAGAUUAUAAGAGCACCAGCGAUGGUGGUGGAAUCACUGGGAUUAAAUAUUCCAUCACAGGAGUAUAAAAUUCCGCAAUUCACCAUCCCUAACGAUUACACACUUCGGCUACCUUUGUUGGGCACUUUUGAGAUCACUUCCAACUUGUAUAACAAUUACUACAAUUGGUCCGGCUCCUAUUCUUUAGCUAACACCACAAAAGAUGCCUACGGUCUGAAAACAAGAUACUUUAUGAAAGCUGAUUCUGUUUUGGACUUACUUUCGUAUAAUGUGCAAGGUCAGGCAGAAGCAAGUUAUGACGGAAACGGACUUACCUGUGAUUAUGAAAACUCACUGCGUCACAGCCUCCUCAAUUCCAAUUUUAAAUUCAGCAAGGUCAACAGAUAUGGACUCAAUCCCACCGUCAAAUACAGCAUGACAUUUGAUACUUCCAGCCCCGUCGGAGUUAUGUUUUCCUUGUCUGCCCACCAGGAUUCCACAGAGGAUGACAAUUCACAUGUUGGUGUUACCAAUCUAGAAGGCCAAUUGAAUGUUGCUACAUUAUUUGCCAAAACCACAUAUUUACAAUCUAUCACCUCUAAGAAGAAGAGUCUCGAUUUGGUAUGGGAUUCAACUCUGAAGUUUGAUUCUUCCUUGUUUGGGGCUACUAACCAGAUGAUUCAAAAAAUUACUGAAGAUGCAUGGACAAUCAACUCUAUCACAAACAUACAGAAUUACAUUCUGACUAAUAAGGUUUCCUUAAGAUAUCAAAACAGCCAGCUGAAACUGUCAUCAGAGGCAAUUGGAACCUACACAAACUUUGAAACAAUCAAUAAGUUUGAUUUAACUCUAGACAAGCAGCAGGCUAUCCUUCAUUCUAAAUUAAAGGCCACUUACUUUAAAAAUGUAUAUUACGCCCUGGUAUCAGGCUCUGUUAAUAACCAAGGUGUUGAACUGAUCGGUGACUUGUCAUGGGAAAAUGAAAGAAACAAAGCAGAACAUAAGUCUGCUCUAAGUAUUAAACAGGAUGGAUUGGUGAGCAGUGCAACAACAAAAUUGCAGCUUCUUUUACUGAUCCUUGAGAAUGAGAUGAAUGCACGAAUUGGCACUUCCGGUGCUUCUGUGAAGAUUGAUACCAAUGGACGAGCCGGGACGCAUAAUGCCAGAUUCAGCUUGGAUGGGAAACUAGCUCUCACAGAAAUAGCACUGUUGAGCACAUAUCAAGGAAGCAUUUUGGAAGUGGACAGCAAAAAUAUUUUGAACUUCAGAGUAAAUAAUGGAGAACUCCGAUUUUCAAAUAGUUUGACAGGGUCACACAAAGAAAUGCAGUUUGAACACACUCAUGAGCUGAACAUUGUAGGGUUGUCCUUGACUUAUGUUUCAAAUUUGGAUCACACUAUUAACCCAGACGUAUCCCACAAACAUCAUGUGGACCUGCAACUACAGCCCUCUUCCCUCACAGCCAACUUGAACAAUGAUUUGAAAUACAGCAGUGCCAAUGUAAACAACAAAGCCCGCUUGCAGCUUGAGCUCUUGAAGGUAAAUCUGGAUGGUAAUAUCAAAGGCGCUUAUAGUGGCAAUGAGAUAAAGCAUACCUAUAUCUUUACUUAUGGAGACCUGGCCGCACAUAUGAAGACAGACACAGCUGCAAGUAUUCAGGGUGCAGCCGUUACCCAUAAAGUUAACUUAAAUGUUGCAGGACUCUCUUCUACAAUCAAUGUCAACACAAACUGUGAUUCUAAAUUCUUAACCUUUUCUAAUGAAAUACGAUCUAUGGCUGCCCCAUUUACAGUCACUUUUGAUAUGCAUACUAAUGGAGAUGGACAAUUGGGAGAGCAAUCCGGUCGACUGUACAGCAAAUUCCUGCUAAAAGCAGAACCUCUUGCUAUUGUCUUUUCCCAUGAUUACCAGGGAUCAACCAACCACAACAUCAAUUCUGGGGAAAGAUAUAAUACUGGACUGGAUAGCAAAGUCACUGUUGUUUUAACUCCAUCUGAACAAAGCAGUGCUUGGAAAAUGAAGAGUCAGCUGAAUAACCAUGUACAUACCCAAGACAUUAAUAUGUUUAACAAUGCUGAAAAUAUUGGUCUGGAGUUGACUGGACAAACUUUAGCUGAUCUUUCUGCACUAGACUUUCCUAUGAAGAUACCAUUCACAAAUGAUAGAAGACUUAAUCUAAUUGAUACUCUGGACUUAAGGGAAAAUAUAGCUGAGCCUCAAGAGUUUGGCCUCUCUCUUUCUCUCAAAUAUGAUAAAAAUGCAGACAUGCAUGUCAUCAAUCUACCUUUCUUGGAAAGACUUCCAGCAUAUUAUGAGCAAUUCAGACGUUCCAUCUUAACUGCAAUGAAGUCCAUUCAGAAGAAUCUAAAGAACAUCAAUAUAGAUCAGCUUAUGAGAAAAUACAAAAUAGCAUUAGAUAAGUUUCCCCAGCAAGUGAAUGACUAUGUGAACUCUUUUGAUCUGGAAAGAAAAGUGAAUAAACUGAAAGAGAAUUUGGAUGCUUUCACAAAAGAUUAUAGCAUAACAGUUGAGGACCUUCAAAACACAUUGGAAAAUGCUAAAGCUAAUCUUCUAAAAGCUUUGACUCAGCUACAAGUAUUUCUGACUGAAACUGAAAAGUAUAUGAAGGAGAAUUAUGACUUAAGACCAGCUAUCAUGCAACUUAUCGAGAAAAUUGUUGAAAAAUUAAAAGUUCUAGAUGACCAAUAUGAAAUCAGUGUGACAAUGAUCAACACAAUUCAACAACUCCAGUCUUUUAUUUCUCAGUAUGACCCUAGCGAGAUAGGAAGCAAUGCUGCUGCUUGGGUUCAAAAUGUGGAUACUACAUACAAAAUCAGAGCUCAGAUACAAGAAAAACUUGAUCAGCUGAAGAGUCAGAUUCAGAAUUUUGAUGCCCAACAUAUUGCAGAAACUUUGAAGCAGCAGAUAGAGACAAUUGACACUAAAAUACUUAUAGAAAAGUUAAAAAUACAAUUUCCAUUUGAAAAAAUAAACCAACUCCUUGAACAAAUCAAAAAUAUCCUUCUAAAUUUUAUGGAAGAUUAUGAAAUAUCUGAGAAGAUCAAUGCAUUCAGAGUCCGCAUGCAUGAGCUUAUUGUAAAAUAUAAUAUUGAUGAGCAGGCCAAAGUUCUAAUGGAUAAGGUGAUAGAAUUAUAUAAACAACAGAAAAUCACAGAAACAGUUCUGCGAUUAACUAACACAUUGAAACAAAUUGAUAUAAAACCAUUCUUCAAUCAAAUUUUGAAGUUUAUCGAUGAUGCCAUUAAGAAGCUCCAAACAGUUGAUUAUAAAAAGCUAGUGGAUGGUAUCAAUGACUUCCUUGAUAUCAUGAUAAAGAAGCUGAAAUCCUUUGAUUACAACAAAUUUGUAGAUGAAACAAACAAUAAAAUUCGGCAAGCAACUCAAAAAAUCAAUGAGGAAAUUAAAGCUUUGGAGCUACCACAAAAAAUAGAAGCUGCAAAACAAUACAUCAAAGAGGUCUAUACUGUGGUUUCUCGCUAUAUUGAGAAAUUGAAAGACAGUAGACUUGCUGCAACAGUUAACUGGCUCAAUGAUCUUAUAAGCUCUACAGCAAUCGAUGAAUUAAAAAGUAAGAUCCGUGAUUUUUUGGAAGAUGCACGCAAAAGAAUUUACGAAAUGGACAUUCCAGCAGAAUGCCAAAGAUUCCUUCACAAAGCAAGUCAACUAUACAGGGUCAUAGUCUCCUUUCUAGUUGACAAAUGGGACAUUAUUUCAAAGAAGAUUAGUGUUUCAGCAGAGAAAUACAAUGUAAAAAAUAUGGCUGACCAUCUGAACCAGUUUGUUAAAACUGGUUUUAUUGUUCCUGCAAUCAAACUAGGCGUAAUCAACAUACCAGCUUUUGAAGUCAGUCUCCGAGCCUUACAGGAUGCAACAUUUAAAACUCCAGAUUUUAUUCUUCCACUAACAGACCUUCAUGUGCCUUCUUAUCAGAUAAAUUUCAAGAAAUUAAAUGAAAUCAGAAUCCCAAUUAGAUUUAGUACUCCUGAAUUUACCAUUCUAAAUACUAUUAAAGUUCCCUCCUAUACAAUUGAUUUUAAUGAAAUAAAACUGAAGAUUGUGAGGAUAAUAGAUCAAAUAAUGACAAGUGACUUUCAGCUGCCAGCAACUGAUACAUACUUUCAAGAAAUAAAAAUCAAGGAUCUUUAUUUUUCAGACUUUUCUUUACCUGAAAUUAAUUUACCGCAGUUACAAAUAUCUGAAUUAUUAAUUCCAAAGCUGAACUUGAAUGAAUUUCAAUUUCCAGAUAUAAAGAUUCCAGAAUUCCAGUUACCACGUAUCCCACAUACUGUAACUAUCCCUACAUUUGGAAAGCUGUCUGGUACUUGCAGAAUUACUUCUCCCUUCUUCACCCUGACUACUAAUGCUGGUUUUCAGAAUGUAACAGCUCAUCCCUACAGCCCAGAAUUUGUAGCCUCUCUUUCAGCUAUUGCCGUAUCCAAAAUUGACUACCUUGCUUUCACCCUAACUGCAAAUACUCAUCUUUUGGCACCUGAGUUGAAAAAGUUAAUUCUAAAAGAAAACCUGAAGUUCACCCACUUGUACCUUAAAGCCGAUCAUGGAAGUGAAGUCGUGUUUUUGACAGCAUCUGUUCAAGGAAAUGCUGAAACAACAGCCAGCUUCCGGAGUACACGUAAUGCUAUAGAACUACAUAACAAACUAACAGUCAACCUGAACAAGAUCAUUUCCAUGGACAGCAAGACCCUUUAUACACAUAGGCUCAACAUUCCAAAGGCCCAGUUCACUAGCCAAGCUGAGUUAAGCAAUGAAAUAAAAACUGCAUUGGAAGCUGGACAUAUAUCGGUUACUUCCACUGGUAAAGGGGACUGGAAAUGGACUGCUCAUGAUUAUUCUGAUGAAGGAACCCAUGAAUCAAAAGUCAGUUUUACGAUAGAGAGAUCCAUAGCUGCAUUUAUAGCAGAAAACAGGAUAAAUGCUAAGUACCUAAGAGUCAACCAAAGAAUGGUGUAUGAAUACAACUUGCCAAGUUCUUCAAAGCUUCAGGUUGAGUCUACAAUUGAGUCUCCACAACUUGGACAGAGUGUUUUAAAUGUUCAAGGUACAGGGAACCUUGUACAGCUGAAAAUGGAGCUGUCUGGUACACACAAUGCUAAGGUGAUUGGACGCACCUCUGGGACAAUAAAUAAUGAUGUGUCCUUUUCAGUACAACCAUUUGAAAUUAAAGCAUCAGCUAAUAACAAUAUGAAUUUAAAAGUUAGCUUCCCAUUCAAAAUAGUUGGAAAAAUUGAAUCUCUAAAUAACUACGGCUUGGUGCUCAGUCCUUCCACUCAACAAGUUAGCUGGGUAGCUGAGGGAAGAUUUAACCAAUAUAGAUACACUCAUAACUUGUCUGCUGGUAAUAAUGAAGAUAGUACUGAAGCUAUUAUAUCCAUGAAUGGUGAAGCUAACUUGGAAUUCCUAAAUAUUCCUAUUUCAUUUCCUGAACAAUUUGUUCCCUACCUUGGUAUCAAGACACCUCAAGUGCAAGCAUACUCUCUGUGGGAAGAAACAGGCCUAAAAGGGUUACUGAAAACUCCAAAACAAUCAUUUGAUUUAAACGUAAAACUUCAGUACAAGAAGAACAAAGAUGUACACUCAUUUCCAAUUCCUUUAGACAGAGUGCACAAAACUCUCAAUUCUUAUAUAGUGAACUUCAACAAAUAUUUUGAAAGAAAUAGAGACCAUACUUUAGCAUUUCUGACAGAAUCAUAUAACCAAGCCAAGGUCAAGUUUGAUAAAUACAAAGUGGAUACUUCAGUAAACCAAAGUCCGCAAAUCUUCACAAUUCCAAGCUACACCAUUCCCCUGCUAAAUAUUGAAGUCUCUCCCUUUACCGCAGAGCUCCCAACCUUUGGUUAUGUGCUUCCAAAAGAAAUGAGGACGCCAGACUUCACUGUUCCAUUUGUUCAGUAUUCAAUGCCAUCAUAUACAGUAGUUCUUCCAUCACUGGAGCUACCAGUCCUUCAUAUUCCCCAAGGCCUGAGAACACUGAAGCUUCCCAACUAUCGAGUAAGCCCACUGCCAAACCAGAUCUAUAUUCCAGCCUUUGGAAAUGUUACCUAUGAUUUCUCAUUUAAAUCUAGCGUGAUUACCCUGAAUACAAAUGCUGGCUUUUUUAACCAAUCUGAUAUUAUUGCUCGAUUGAGUUCCUCCUCCACUUCUGUAAUUGAGGCUCUACAAUAUCAGCUGACUGGAACAACAAGCAUCACAAGGAAGAGAGGGCUGAAACUAGCAACUGCAUUAUCCCUGAAAAACAAAUUUGUAGAAGGAAAUCACGACAGCACUAUCAGUUUCACAAAGAAAAACAUAGAAGCUUUAGUAGUAACCACAGCCAAGAUUAUGGCACCAGGCUUGAAAGUAAAUUAUGGGCAAGAGCUUAAAGGAAAUGCCAAAACAAUGCCAAUAAUAUCUUCAAAAAUAAAUUUAAAUUAUGAUGUUGAUACCAAUUAUGUCAAUGCUAAAGGAGCAAUUGUCCAUCAGGCUAACCUAGAAAGUAUUAUAUCUUAUAUAUCAGCUGAUACAUCAACCAGUGGUUUUAUCAAUGGUGAUUUUUACGAAGGAAAACCAUUUUCUGGGAAGUUGGUUCAUGAAGCAAAUACUUACUUAAAUUCUAAAGGUAUUCGAUCAGCUAUGAAGUUUGAAACUAGUUCAAAUUCUGGGGACUUCUGGAAUUUUGACGCAAAAGAAAAUGUUGCCAUUGAAGCAUCUACCAAUCGUCUUUAUGCUUUAUGGGACCAUAGUGGAGAAAACUAUCUAAAUUAUUUCCCAUUACCUAGAACUAGAGGAAAUCAAAUCUGCAGAGUAACUUUGGAACUAGCUUCUGAUAUCAUGUCAGCAGCUCUUCAGAUACAAGUUGCCCAACCAAAUAAUUUCCUUGAGGAGACUUCUGUUAAUCAAGCAUUUUCACUGACUGUUAAUAAUGGAAAUCAAAAAAUUAACUGGAAGAGUGAAAGCCAAAUCCAUAAUUUUUUCCUUGGACAUGACUUGGAGUUAGCAAAUGAUAAUGUAGAAGCUCGAGUUGGCUUGUCGGCAUCUUUGGGAGGGCACAUCAAUUUCCUCAGAGAGUUUACAUUGCCAGUUUAUGAAAGGAGUUUAUGGCACAUCUUAAAAUUAGAUCUGACCACUAGACCUGAAGAGAAGCAAUUCCUAAAUGCAUCAACGAAUAUAGUAUACACAAAAAAUCAGGAUGGGUAUUUUUUCCCUAUAAGUAUCAGUCAACUGGCAGAUAGAUUUAUAAUCAAGUUUCCUGCAAUUAAAGCAGUAGGUAUUCACGUUCAAUUUUUCACCAUUGGUCUACAUGAGUUCAAUGUACUUGAAAGGGUGAAUAAUACAUCAUUUGAUAUCAACCUUCCUCUGCUACCAAAAAUGCAACUUGAUGAAAUAACCAAAUACAAUAAUCUGGGACAAAAUAAAAUUCCAUACUUUGAGCUAACAGUUCCCAAGCAUCCCAAGCUUGUAACAAUACCCCAAUUUACUCUUCCAAAGAGACUUUUUCUUGGCAACAUAAAUAUUGAUCUGGAUGUUGUAGCCAACAAGAUCGCUGAUUUUGAUUUGCCUACAAUUACAAUUCCUCAACAGCAGAUUGAAAUACCAGUUUUUACAUUUACUUUACCUGCUGGAAUUUACUUCCCCAAAUUUGGAGCUUUGUCUAGUUCUUUCAAGAUCGCUUCCCCAUUGUACAGUGCUACCUGGAAAACAGAUCUGAAGAACACAAAGGAAGCUUUUGAACAUUCCAUUGACUUUACUGCAAAUUCACCACUGCAGUUUCUAGAAUAUGAUUUAGAUGGUGUAACCACCUACCAAUAUGAAGGUAACCGUUUCACACUAAAUAGACAGUAUGAUUUAGCUCAUCCUGAGCUAAGUGGAAAAUAUAAAGCCGUCUACAUUACAGAAGGUGACAGAAUUGUUCGGGACAAAGCAUCCCUGGACAUCACUAGUCCAACUUUCACAGAUGUCCAAAUGCGCUACCAGGGAGAUGAUUCAAGAGUUUCUACAAUGAUAUCAUCUUCUUCGGCUGGUACUCUUCGUUUUCUUAUCAGCCUGGAUUCCAGUAUUCUCAACAGCAAGAUCUUCUACCAAACUCAGUCUAACCCUCAGAAUGAAGUGGAGAUCUUAAAAAGUGAAAUAUCCUUCAAAAAUCCAGAAUUGAUUCAAAUCAAAACCAACUGGAAAGAGGAUGCUGUCACAGAGUUACUUGAAGGUUUAAAAGAGAAAGUGCCUAAAAUGGCUGAUGCUUUGUACUACACUGCUAACAAGUACCACCGUGAACAUACAGGCAUGGAAAUCAGCUCUGCUGCCUCAAAACUGAAGGAUACUCUGAGAAGUAAUAUUGACCAAACAUAUGUGAACACAGUAAACAGUAUCAGUGAACUAGAACAACAGCUUCAUGAAGUAACUAACCAGGUCACAGGAAAAUAUGAACAGAUUAAGACAGAAUCCCAAAAACUAUACCAUAAAGCUGCAGAUCAAGCUAGCCAAAUAGAGUAUGACCAGAUCAGAACCCAAUUUUUGGAUGCCAUAAUGGAUUCUAUAGUUGAAUACCAUAAACAGAUAAAACGUCUUAUUGAUUCUGCCAUUGAAUUUUUGAAGGUAACAAGAUUCCAGGUACCAGGCCUUCCUGGGAAGCAUACUGGUGAAGAACUAUAUGUGAUAAUUACUGAAAAAGUAGCAAAAGCUGUAGAUCAGUCCAUUGCAAGAGUGCAGGAAUAUUUUGAUUCUUUGAUUACCUUUGUCAAUGAAGCAGAAAUUAAAAUCCCAGCUUCCUCUGAGAUAAUCAAAGGUAGUGACAUACUUGCAGAAAUCAAAACAUUUUUAACCCAUGUGCAAAAGAAAGUUAGUCAGAUAUUUGUUGGUCUCCGAGAGAUUGACUUUGCACAACAUCUAAGAGACCUAAAGGAAAGAAUUCAGCAAGUCUUCCAAAAGAUAGAAGAGCUUAUCAAAAAUUUGCAAGCUCAAAACUAUGACCAUCUGAAAGAACAAACAAAACAACUGUUUGUAAACUUCUUGAAUGCACUGAAUAGCUUAGCAGGUGAUGUAAAAUAUUUUUCUCCUCGCAUUGAAAACAUUAUCCAGAAUACUUUCUCUGAAAUUUAUAAUAAGUUAGAAGAACUUCUACACAGCAUAAGAGAUUUGAGGAAGGAAUAUUUUGACCCAAAUGUAGUUGGAUGGUCUCUCAAAUAUUAUGAAGUGGAAGAAAAAUUUAUAAAUUGGCUGAAGACUUUUUUUAAUACUAUACUAGAGUGGCACAUCAAAUGGAUAAAUGAAGCUGCUGACCUGAUCACAAACCUGACAGACCAAGCAAAAGAAGCUUUAGAGAACCAAGAAAAACUUGCUGAGUUUUCCAAAACUGCACAUGAAAAGAUCCAGUAUUGGUCUAAAGUGGCAAAACAGAGUGCAGCUGAACAAAACCAACAGGUCAAGGCAAAGCUGCAGGAGACAUACAACCACCUUUUCAACUCUUAUGAAAUGCUCAUCAGUGAGACAAAAAGAUUGAUUGACUUGACAAUUGAGAAGUAUACUACAUUCUUCCAAUAUCUCCAAAAGCUACUUGAUUGGCUUGAGAAAGUGACAGCAGAUGCUCUGAGGCCCUACAUAGCUGUUCGCCAAGGAGAGCUCAGAAUAGAUAUACCAAAACCAUUUAAUUUGUCGGCGAUUUAUCAAGGCCCAUUAAGUGAUGAAGAUCUUCAACAGCAACAAACUAUUCUGGCAAAUCAAUGA